CAUUUGAUUGUCACGUAGUCAGAGAUAUGUCAAAAAUGACUAUUACUUCAUGUAAACUUUUUAGAAAACUACAUACACGUAAUUUAUUAUCUAAAGCUUUGGUUUAACUUUUUUUACAUUAUUUUUCGAAAUGAAUAUACCGGAACAUGAGUAUGGUGACAAUAUUAAAACCACGCAACCAAAGGAUACAAUGCAAGACUUACCACAAGAGAAAUUGCUUACCACCGAGGAUAGGACUAACGCCAUAGAAGCAAUAGAAGAUAAAGUUAUCAAAGAUGCAAUAUCUCCUAAAGUUAUUGAAAAAAACGAAAUACAAUUAAAAGAGAGAAUAACACAGUGCAAAAAUAUUAUAGCGUCGCUAAAGUUGGAGAUCAAUGAAGAGAAACUUAAACUUGAAAAAGAGGCGAAAGAGGUUCAGCUAGAAUCAUACGAACCACCUAUUAAACUUAAUAAGAAUACAAAUUAUCCAGCUGACAAAGGGACUGAUUUCUCUGAUUUUAAUAAAGCGAACACGUAUUCCACUUCAGUAGACAGUAAAUUAAACUGUGACGAGAAUUUGAUGGAAUAUGAAAAACAAUUAGAACGUUAUCAAAAUACGCUUAGUAUGGCUCAAAUGGAGAAAAAAAAUGCAAUCAGAAAACAAAUGUUAGCUAAAGCUUUUAAACUAAAGCUUAUGGAAGUUGAAAAUCAAUGCAAUAUUGAGUUACUACGAAUUAAACAAAGUGUGCAAUGCCUGGAACCGUUACAAAUGAUCGUAGAAAAAUGGAAAUGUAACGACACUGAUAACGUAUAUGAUUUAAACAACUUUCAGCUAAUUCCACGAUACCCUGAAUUAGAUGCAGUUUCAGGAAGUGAUAUCACGAAAAUGACAGAUGAAUUCGAAAACGAAAUGACUAUUUCAAAUCCUGAAUUUGAUAAACGUGAAUAAGACUUUGAUCUUUUCAUUGUUAUUAGGUUACCAAACUAUUUAUUAAACCUACCUACUAAUGUGUCAAUUUUGAUAAGGUUUUUUUUGACUAAUAGGUAAACAAAAUCACGUCUGAGUUAAAUUAAAAGUUAUUUAUAUGAUCUUUGCUUACAGGCAAAACUGAUCUAUUGACCAGUUUUGCUGAAUAUUUGCGUACAUUGUGUUCUCCUUAAAAUUUUAUUUCGUAUACAAAAUAUCUCAAUGAGAUAUUAUUUAAUUAUUAUUUCUCUACCGCCCAUUUUGAGAAUCGUAUAUAAGUAACUUAUGCUUUAUGCUUUCUUUGCUUUCAAACACACACCAUAAUAUAACAUCGAAAGAAUUAGUAGCGCUAACGUCUCUACCAUUUUUACUCUACUAUUUACUAUUUUAGCAUUUAGAUGGUCAAAACUGUGGAAUAACUUGUCACUCCAUGAAUAUUCACCGUGUGCCUACCGGUGUCCAAUCAGUGGAUUGUCUCGGAUUGAGUAGCGCUUGCUUGUAGAAAUUGAUACUGAACUUGCUAUUGCGAAGGUUAAGAUGAUGUCUUUUAUUUUUGUAGUCAAGCGUGUUUGUGAGGAGCUAUAACUAUUAGGAAACAUACCGUCACGUAUAAUGUGAAUUAGGUACGAGUAGACUAUCUAUCAUGGGGUUACGGUCUUAUACAUUUAGGCAGGACCGGCCCGUCCAUACGGCGAACGGAGCAGUCGCUCCAGGCGCCAAAUGCUAGAAAGCGCCUAAAUGAUACUCCUAGUCAACCGUAGAUAGUACUGCGCCUGAUUUUCAAUUGGUCACCCCAGAGUAUGGUCGAGAUCUUCACGUUCCAUUCUUACUUUACUCUUAUAGUUUGGUAUCGUUAUCGUUAUCAACCCAUAUUCGGCUCACUGCUGAGCUCGAGUCUCCUCUCAGAUUGAAAGAGGUUGAAAGAGGCCAGUAGUCCACCACGCUGGCCCAAUGCGGAUUGGCAGACUUCACACACGCAGAGAAUUAGGAAAAUUCUCUGGUAUGCACAGGUUUCCUCACGAUGUUUUCCUUCACCGUUUGAGACACGUAAUAUUUAAUUUCUUAAAAUGCACACAUCUGAAAAGUUGGAGGUGCAUGCCCGGAUUCGAACCCACACCCUCCAGAAUCAGAGGUCAUAUCCACUGGGCUAUCACAGCUCAGCUUAUGUAGUUUGGUAUAUAGGUAUCUACAUAUUAUUCAGGAGCAAACAGGAGAGGCGCCAUAAUUGGAUAUCGCUCCAUUUUAAAAUUUACUUCAGGCCGGCGCUGCAUAUAGGUAAAGAGUAAAGAUCCAGAAGCACAUUGUAUCUUGCUGUCCCUAAGACCUCCCCACAUAUAUAAUAUGUAGAUAAAACUAUAAAAGAGAUCAGCCUAUAGGAAGAUGUGCUACUUUAGAUUGUGCUGUUAAAGAGAUGCAGAACUUACCAAUGAUAAAUUGGUUACUCACUCAUUUUGCAUUUUUGAACUCAUUACAUGCACUUAAAGGUCUCAUUCUCAUCUUGCUGCAAAAAUAAUUAUUUAAACAUACCCACUUACUAAUAUCAAAUAUUAAUCUAAAUUCAUUAAGUAUAUCUCAAAGUUACACCUUUGAAACACGUUUAACGAAAUCGCGUGUAAGUGUUUACAAAGAAAAAAAAAAGCGAGCAAAAAUCAGAUCUCAAUAUAUCAAAAAGCAGAGGCGGACCUCCUCGGGAGGACCACACACAUCGAGGCACGCGCUGCGAAUGCUGCCGACUUUUUAUUCUUGCCACCCGAACAGCCUUCGUACUUGUUCGGAACUCAUCGGCACCCGGUCGGAAGGCUUCGACGCAGUCAACGCAGUCAUAUUAAACGUGCGCCUGCGCCUCCUUCAAGUUGGGAACUUGAAUUUUACUUUAAUAAGAUUCCAAUUUGUCAAUUACAGAGCAAAGCGUGAGCUAAACUGGUUUGGCUUCUAUGCAUUUUGUAUCUUAUAAGUGUGAUGCUUUUAAAAGGAUUAUGGGAUACCUACUGAGUUUUCUUAAUUGAAUUUAGAUAUUUGAUAACCUUUUAAGCAGUUUAGUACAUUUUAUGAUUAACAUUAAAAUAAAGGCGAAGUAUUGUAGUACCUAAUGUUAUUUUUGACAAAUUCUUAUAAGUAGGUAAG